UAACAUAUAGAUUUCACUAGAAAUUAUAAGAAAAAAUCGUUGGUGCAUGCUACUCGUCAUAUCAUCUUAUCUACAAGAAGCUUAUAUUGCUCCUACUACAAUACAAAAGAGUGUUGAAGUAUUUUUGCCAGGAAAUCAAAAUGGAGAUUUCUCUGCAGAAACAGAUUUUUAACAGUGGAGAUAAGCUCUUCAAUUCUCGACAAAACCAGUGGGCUUGGAUUGAAAGAUUUCAAGCAACAGAAUUUCUUCCUGCAAACUCCACAAACCUUUGUCAUGAUCCCAUAAGUUGUCCAAUGUUGGGCAUUUUGACUCCAAGAAAGAGCAAAAACCAUUUAAGUGUUUCUGCAAUAAGGAGGAGAAGAGUGCAUUCGAACUCGGAUACGUACGUACUGCUAGAGGCAGGACAAGAUGAACAGUUUGUGUCAGAAGACGAGCUCAAGGCUAAGCUCAAAGGCUGGCUCGAGAACUGGCCCGUAGAAUCUUUGCCACCGGACCUGGCAAGGUUCGAUAACCUUGAUGAAGCCGUUGAUUUCUUGGUUAAAGCUGUAUGUGAACUAGAGGUUUAUGGAGAAGUAGGUUCUGUUCAAUGGUAUCAAGUUCGUCUUGAGUAAUUAAAUGUAUUGUGUUUCUCUUAUUUAAUAAGCACAUGGUUCUGUAAGAAAAAUGGAGAAAUUUGCUUCUUCUUUUUUUUUGUAACUAAUGGAGAAAUUUGCUAAAAUAGAACAAAAUUGACUACUAUUGUUCUAAUGAGAUAAUCUCAAUGUUGUUCCAUUA